AUGAAACACCCGUGACAAUAAUAAUGGUAUUCGCUGAUAUAAUGUAGUGGGUCAAACAUUAAAACCGAAAAUAUCAUACAUAUUCCGACUGCAUAAGAAACGUUUGAAAUGGUGUCAUACAAGAGACUCACCCCUGAGGAGGUUCAUUUCUCUGGAGCCGCGUUAUUGGAUCCUGAUGAGUCAACGGACACGGAUGGGAAGGAAGUCGACCCAGAACUCCCCCUGCUGCCCCAGAGCCCUCGCUGCUCCAUCACCGCUGCCCUGCUGACCAUCGCAGGACUUAUUGUGGUUCUCUCUGGUGUCUGGAUGCUUGGAACUAUAUUUUGGUUUCAUAAUCCACCCUCUACAGAUCCCCAUAGACUCCCUCCACCCGCCGUGGCUAAAAGUCCAAACGGGACGUGGCUGCAGCCACAGUCCUGCUGGAAGAUUCCCGAAGCGGGGAGGUUUGACUGCUAUCCUGAGAGAGGUGUGGUGGUCACGGAGGAGAUGUGCCACGUUCGAAACUGCUGCUUCAUACAGCAGUCGCAGGCUAAGACAUCGCGACGGAAUGGAGUGCCGUGGUGUUUCUACACACCCGACUAUCCGUCCUAUGAGUUGGUGUCCGUUAUUGACACCGAGAUGGGGAAGGUGGGAAAACUGCUCCGGAACAAAAAGACAUAUUAUCCAAAAGACAUAGAUGCACUGCAGCUGGAAGUGCUGUAUGAGGAAGACAACCGACUGCGUGUGAAGAUAACAGACCCGUCUGAAAAGAGGUACGAGGUGCCUAUAGAUGUUCCUGUGGUUCAGAAAAGAGCAUCAAAUCCUUCUUACACCGUAGAAUUCAUCGAAGAACCUUUCGGGCUGAUUGUCAAGAGAACGCAGACAGGAACUGUGCUGCUGAAUACAUCUAUAGCUCCUCUCUUCUUUGCGGAUCAGUUCCUGCAGAUGUCCACAUCAUUACCGUCACGUUUCAUAUAUGGACUGGGUGAACAUCGCUCCAACUUUCUGCAUGACGUCCAGUGGAACACACUCACCAUGUGGGCUCGAGAUGUUCCACCCAUGGAGCUGACCAACCUCUAUGGCGUCCAUCCCUUUUAUCUUUCUGUGGAAUCUGAUGGGAUGGCACAUGGGUUUUUCAUGCUCAACAGCAAUGCAAUGGAUGUGGCUCUGCAGCCUGCACCUGCUCUCACCUGGCGUAUGAUUGGUGGGAUCCUCGACUUUUACAUUUUCCUGGGCCCAGAUCCCAUCUCUGUGAUUGGACAGUACCUGGAUGUUGUAGGUAAGCCUGCAAUGCCCAUCUACUGGGCUCUGGGCUAUCAUCUCUGCCGAUGGGGCUACAAGUCUAGCAACAAAACCUGGAAUGUUGUGAGAGAAAUGCGGAAUUAUGGGAUACCUCAGGACGUUCAGUGGAAUGACAUUGACUACAUGGAUCGUGCUCUAGAUUUUACUUAUGAGCCUAUGAACUUUUCAACCCUACCUGAUCUCGUGAAAGACCUUCACAUACAUGAUCAACACUACGUCAUGAUUCUGGAUCCCGGCAUCAGUAGCUCUCAGCCGUCUGGCUCCUACUGGCCGUUUGAGGAGGGGAAGAAGAGAGGCAUUUUCAUCAAUGAUUCGAAUGGAGACAUCUUAAUUGGGAAGGUCUGGCCAGGACUCACUGCUUUUCCAGAUUUCUCCAAUCCAGACACUCAUGAAUGGUGGUACCAGAAUCUGCAGAGGUUCCAUGAUAAAGUGCCAUUUGAUGGCGUGUGGAUUGAUAUGAAUGAGCCAUCUAAUUUCUUUGAUGGGUCACUGAAUGGUUGUCCAGAGAAUGAACUGGAAAAUCCUCCCUACACACCAGGUAUUCUGGGUGGUACAUUAAGGGCCAAGACUGUGUGUGCAUCUGCACGUCAGAAAAUCUCCUCUCACUACAACAUACACAGUCUGUAUGGACUCAUGGAAUCUAAAGCCACUGAAAGUGCUUUGAGGAAGAUCACAGGGAAGCGUCCUUUCGUCAUUUCCCGCUCUACGUUUCCCAGUCAGGGCAGGUAUUCGGGCCACUGGCUCGGAGACAACAGGAGCCAAUGGAAAGAUCUGGUCACAUCUAUACCAGGUAUGCUGACAUUUAACAUCCUGGGCAUUCCUCUUAUUGGGGCAGACAUCUGUGGCUUUGGGGGCAGCACUACAGAAGAACUGUGUGUCCGAUGGACCCAGCUCGGAGCUUUCUACCCCUUUACAAGAAACCACAACUCCAUAGAUGAACAGGAUCAGGAACCAACUGCAUUCAGUCCUGCAGCUCGUACAGCAAUGAAAGAAGCCAUCCUUCUCCGUUAUUCCCUGUUCCCACAUCUCUACACACUCUUCCAUCACGCACACAUCAGUGGACACACGGUCGCCACACCACUGCUCUUUCAGUUCCCUACCGAUGAGAAGACAUAUGGGAUAGAUAAACAGUUCCUAUGGGGAAAGAGUUUGAUGGUCACGCCGGUUUUGGAGGCAGGACGAGAUUAUGUAGUGGGAUAUUUCCCUAAAGGUCUCUGGUACGAUUUUCACACCGGUGACUCAUUGGUAAGCAGAGGAGAAGAGAUCAAACUUCAGGCUCCAAUGGACAAAAUCAACCUGCAUCUAAGAGAGGGUUCCAUCAUUCCUACACAGAGACCGAACACCACCCUGUGGGUGAGCAGCGGUCAGCCCCUUCAUCUGAUUGCAAGUCUGAGUGAGGACGGUCUGGCCAAGGGUGAUUUGUAUUGGGAUGACGGAGAGACCAUUGACUCAUAUGAGACUGAUCAGUACGCUUACAUCUAUUUCACAAUAGAAAAGAACACAAUGAAAUCAGAGGUGCUGCAUAAUCAUGAGGAGGCUACUUACAUCACUGUGGAAACUGUUUCCUUUUAUGGGGUGAAGACAGAGCCAGAAAAUGUAACCGUGAAUUCACAAGAGGCAGCAUUCACUUACCGUGACAAUCAGGUGCUGACAGUAACAGACUUGGGUCUGAACCUCAGUCAUAACUUCACAAUCAGUUGGAUGUAAACGUGAAUCAUCAGUGCUGUUUCUGAACUGCAAAUUCCUGCUGAAAUCAUGAUCUUAACAUCUCAGCUGACAUUAUCUCAGUACUUGUACAGUGGUGGUUCUGGUUUCAGCCUAAAAUCAAAUAUGAACCAGAAAGGAUAUGACAGAUUAUUGAUUGUAUGUUGAAUUUCUCAUGUGCACUUUAAGUGUACUCUUUAUUAUUGACCCACCAGUGGUCAGUUGCACUCAGAGGAAUUAAAACCUAAGGGAAGAAG